AAUUUUAAUUUAUUUCAAUCGUAAUAAUUAUCAACAUUAUCCACAAGAUAAAAUUAAUAUUACAAAUAUGUCAACAUUAAAAAGUUUUAUUGAAGUUUCAGCUGAUUCACAUUUUCCAAUUCAAAAUCUUCCAUAUGGCGUUUUCAAACCAUCAGAAAAUGAAUCUUCAAGAAUCGGUGUUGCUAUCGGUAAUUUAGUUUGUGAUUUAUCAGCUCUUGUUGAUUUAAAACUUUUUGAAUCAUCAUCAUUAAAAGAUACCAAAGUUUUCCAUCAAGGUUAUUUAAAUGAUUUUAUGUCAUUAGGUAAACAAGUUUGGAGUGAAACAAGAAAAGAACUUCAAAAACUUUUAUCAUCAGAAAAUCCAACAAUCAGAGAUAAUCAACAAUAUAAAGAAAAAAUCUUUUAUCAAAUUGAUAAAGUUAUUAUGCUUUUACCAGCUAGAAUUGGUGAUUAUACAGAUUUUUAUGCAUCAAAAGAACAUGCUACAAAUGUUGGUAUUAUGUUUAGAGGCAAAGAAAAUGCUUUAAUGCCAAAUUGGUUACAUCUUCCAGUUGGUUAUCAUGGUAGAUCUUCAUCUGUCGUUGUUUCAGGUACCAAACUUAGAAGACCAUGUGGUCAAACCAAAGGUGAUGAUGAUGCCGCACCAACUUUCAAUCAAUGUAAACUUUUAGAUUUCGAAUUAGAAAUGGGUGCUUUAGUUGGUGUACCAAAUAACUUGGGUGAACCAGUUCCAAUUUCUCAAGCAAAAGAUCAUAUUUUCGGUUUAGUCCUCUUAAAUGAUUGGAGUGCUCGUGAUAUCCAAAAAUGGGAGUACGUUCCAUUAGGUCCAUUUUUAGCUAAAAACUUUGGUACCACUAUUUCACCAUGGGUUGUUACAAUGGAAGCUCUCCAACCAUUUGCCGUUGAUGCCCCACAUCAAGAUCCAACUCCAUUACCAUACCUCCAAGAAUCUGGUAAAAAUACUUUUGAUAUCGAAUUAACUGUUGGUAUUAAAACUGAAAAGAUGUCUGAAGCUCACACUAUUUGCAAAUCAAACUUAAAAUAUAUGUACUGGACUCUCAGCCAACAACUUGCUCAUCACACUAUCAGCGGUUGUAAUCUUAACCCAGGUGAUCUCUUAGGUACUGGUACAAUUAGUGGCCCAACUGAAGAUAGCUUUGGUUCAAUGUUAGAGCUUUCAUGGAAAGGUUCCAAAACUAUUUCUUUAGGCGAAUCUGGUGAAACUAGAAAAUUCAUUCAAGAUAACGAUACUGUUGUUAUGUCUGGUGUUUGCAAAGGUAAAGAUUAUCAAAUUGGUUUUGGUAAUUGCGUAGGUCAAAUUAUUCCAGCUCACAAAUAUUAAAUUCUCAACGUUUAAUUUAUAAAUAAAAAGUUUAAUUUUUUUUUUUUUUCUAUUAAUAAUUUAUAAUACAAACAAAUUAAAAAAUAUAUAAG